UUCUUGCCCAUGGCUUUUUUCAUCGGUAACGUCCCACGUAUGGAAUAUUUUGCGCGUUUCAGCGGAAGGUGUUUAAUAAGUGUUGGUAGAGUUUACAAAUCUAUUUCGGGCAUGUAAAUAAUUUGCUCACUAUUUCUUCGUCAAAGUCAAAGUCCUGCUUUACACAUAUGUGUUUUAACGAUUUUUAUCCUAUACCGCGUGUAUUGUAAGUGUGUGAUAUCUUUGUUACAUCAAUACAAUUUGUAUCUCCAGAUAUGAAGCAUUAAUUUAUCUUAUGAUACAAGUAUAUCAAUAUUGAUAACUGGCCAGACUGCAAAUGUGGUCGUGGUACGCGCGUCGUGUAAAACAAAAUUAUAAAAAUGGCGGAUUUAAAAAAAGCAAGGAAUAGAUAUAAAGUGAACGACUUGUCUCAAGUGGAGUUUACGAAAAAUGGAGGGAAAGGUGAAACUGAAUCAGAGCCUCCUGCACCUGAAGUUCCCGGAAUCUCAUUCAUUACCCUUUUUCGCUUCGCCUCGACACAGGACAAAUUAUUUAUCGUAGUCGGAAUAAUAUUUUCAAUUAUUUCCGGUUGUAUGACACCUUUGAACACAUUACUUAUAUCCUCACUUCUACAAAGUAUGGUGGAGUUUGGGAUUUCUGUAAUAGCUGGAGAUCCACAAGGGGACGUGUUUCUUCAGGCAGUCCAAGACUUUGCGAUCAAUAACGCUGUGGUCGGAGUCAUUCUGGUUCUAACGUCAUAUGGAGCUACAGUUCUAAUGAAUUUUUCUGCUUAUAAUCAGGUUUAUAGAAUACGCCAAGAAUACCUGAAGGCAGCCUUAAAUCAGGACUUCGAAUAUUUUGACACGCAUCAAACCGGAGAUUUUGCCUCGAAAAUGACUGAUGACGUUGUAAAAUUAGAAGAAGGAAUCGGUGAGAAACUUGGUACCUUCAUCUACUACCAGGCUGCGUUCGUGAGCUCAAUAAUAAUGGCUCUAACGAAGGGCUGGAAAUUGGCACUUCUCUGCCUCGUCACUUUUCCUGUUACACUCUUUCUUGUGGGAAUGGCUGGACUUAUUGCAUCCAGGCUGUCAAAGAAGGAAGCCGCAGCUUCAAGUAAAGCUGGUUCAAUAGCUGAGGAGGUCCUGUCAGCAAUUCGUACAGUGUACGCUUUCAGUGGACAACAUAAAGAGUUGGAAAGAUACGAAACACACACUAGUGAAGCCAGAAAAAUUAAUAUCAAGAAAGGAUUCUUCAAUGGUCUGGCUAUGGGUACACUUUUCUUCUGUAUUUUCUGUUCGUAUGCACUGUCGUUCUGGUUCGGGAGCCAGUUCAUACAGAACGAGCCAGAAAACUACGAUGUGGAUACGAUGAUAGCUGUGUUUUUCGGUGUGAUGAUGGGAUCAUCAAACUUCGGUAUCUCGUCCACUUUAAUGGAAGUAUUCGGAGUGGCAAAGGGAGCUGGUGCUCAAAUCUUUAACUUGAUUGACAAUGUACCAACGAUAGAUCCUAUGAGGAAUCGAGGUGCUGUACCCAGUUCUAUAGAAGGAAAUAUAGAACUCAAGAACGUAGUUUUUCAUUAUCCUUCCAGACCGGAUGUACCGGUGUUAAAUGGAAUCAAUAUAACGGUGAAGCGUGGACAGUCUGUGGCGCUGGUUGGCCAUUCGGGAUGCGGAAAGUCAACUAUUAUUCAACUUAUUUCCAGAUACUAUGAUACUAUUGAUGGCAGCGUUCACAUAGAUGGAAACGAUGUCCGUAAUCUCUCCAUCCGUUGGCUGCGAGAACAGAUUGGUCUUGUUGGCCAGGAACCAGUUCUCUUUAAUACCACUGUACGAGACAACAUUCGCUUUGGUCGUGAGGACGCCACUAACCAAGCUAUUGAGGAGGCAGCCAAACAAGCCAAUGCACACCAGUUCAUAAUGAAAUUACCAUCGGGCUACGAUACAUUGGUUGGCGAGCGCGGUGCGUCACUAUCGGGCGGUCAAAAACAGCGCAUAGCAAUCGCUCGCGCGCUCGUACGUAACCCGCGAAUCCUUUUACUCGACGAAGCCACUAGCGCACUGGACACGGCUUCCGAACAUAAAGUACAGAAGGCUUUGGAUAAGGCUGCUGAAGGUCGCACUACAAUUGUCGUUGCCCACCGAUUGACCACUAUCAGAAAUGUCGACAAGAUUUACGUAUUCAAAGCUGGUGUAGUGGUGGAAAGUGGUAAUCACGAAAAACUGAUGGAAUUAAAAGGGCACUACUAUGACAUGGUGAUGCUGCAGUAUUCACCAGACUUCACUGAAACUGAUCAGGGAGGCAACGUUUUAACCCGAACAGUAUCUGUUGUUAGCGAGAAGGACGAAGACGAGCACAUAGAGACAAGGAUUCAGGAACCAGCAGAAGAAACAGAAGAGCCACAAGUGUCAUUCUGGAAAGUUGUUCGAUUAAACAAACCAGAGUGGAAGUCCGUGACGGCGGCCAGUAUCGCCUCUGUUGUCAGCGGAUUUGCGAUGCCGUUAUUGGGUGUCAUACUUGGAGACUUCAUUGGGAUUCUCUCACAUCCUGACCCUGAAUAUGUUAGGAAUGAAGUUCGAAAGUACGCUCUCAUAUUUGUUGGAAUCGGGAUUUUCUCUGGAAUUGCUAACUUCAUUGUGGUAUCAAUGUUUGGAAUUGCUGGAGCAUACUUAACUCAACGGCUCCGGAAACUGAUGUUUGAAAAGUUGAUGCAACAGGAAAUAGGCUUCUACGACGACAAGUCCAACUCAACUGGCGCCCUCUGUGCCCGAUUGUCGGGAGAAGCUGCAAACGUUGAGGGGGCGACUGGUCAAAGAAUCGGAACAGUGUUGCAAGCUUUGGGAACAUUUAGCUUUGCUUUGGGAGUGUCCUUAUUCUACGAGUGGCGCUUAGGACUGCUUAUUAUGGUAUUUGUGCCAUUUAUGGUGGGUGUUCUGUACAAGGAAGGUAGAAUGGUCAGCGCACAAUCCUUUGGAACGGCGAAAACUAUGGAGACCAGUUCUAAGAUCGCCGUAGAAGCCGUAGCAAACGUACGUACAGUUGCCUCACUAGGUCGUGAAGCGGGAUUCUUAAAAGAUUACGCCAUACAACUAUUACCAGCGCUACAGAUUGCAAAGAAAACGGCACAUUGGCGCGGGAUUGUCUUUGGUUUAUCUAGAGGGCUCUUCAACUUUAUUUACGCGGCUGCUUUGUAUUAUGGGGGGACUUUAAUGGUGAACGAAGGCGUUGACUAUGCUGUUAUACUUAAAUCUGCUCAAGCGCUUCUCAUGGGCUCUGCGUCAGCAGCACAGGCUUUCGCCUUCGCGCCCAACUUCCAGAAAGGUCUAAAAGCUGCCAGGCGCGUGAUGAUUAUUUUAGAAAAAGAAUCGAAAAUAACCGACCCACAUAAACCCGCUGCAGAAAACUUUAGAGGAACAGGAGAAGCAAGCCUUCAAAAUGUGAGUUUCCACUACCCCACGAGACCUUUAGUACAAGUUCUGAAGAAUUUAGACCUAGAGAUUGAGAACGGGAAGACCAUCGCUCUUGUUGGUGCAAGUGGCUGUGGCAAAAGCACCAUUAUACAGCUCUUGGAGCGAUAUUACGAUCCCGAUGAGGGCAUUGUGGCACAAAACAGCAUCCCCCUUAACAAACUCCGUCUUGCUGACGUAAGACAGACUAUUGGAUUUGUACAACAAGAGCCCAUACUUUUCGACCGUACUAUUGGAGAAAAUAUUGCGUAUGGAGACAACUCUAGGAAGCCCAGUAUGGACGAAAUCAUUGAUGCCGCUAGGCAGGCAAAUAUUCACAACUUUAUUGUGUCUCUGCCCUCGGGAUACGACACCAAUAUCGGUUCUAAAGGGACCCAACUGUCAGGAGGUCAGAAGCAAAGGGUAGCUAUUGCGAGAGCAUUAAUUAGAAGACCAAAGAUGCUGCUUUUGGAUGAAGCUACUAGCGCUUUAGAUACCGAAAGCGAAAAAGUAGUUCAAGAUGCCCUGGAUGGGGCAAAGGCAGGUCGCACAUGCGUGAUGAUCGCCCAUCGCCUUAGCACAGUUAGAGAUGCAGAUCUCAUCUGUGUGCUCAACGAUGGAAGCCUGGCGGAAGUCGGAACUCACGCGCAUCUCAUGCAGCUCAAGGGGCUAUACUACAAUCUCAACCGACGGGGAUAUGCUUAAUGCUUUUAGAAGAUUAUUUUAGUUUUAAUUUAAUCUGUAUGAUGGUAGCUAGCACAAGUAUUUUUCAUUUUAUGUGGGCAGGUGUAGAAUAUUAGUUCCACCAGCAUAACAUUAUUAUAGCAAUGUCCAGAACUCCAAUAUACCAUAGCAAUAGGGUACUUCAUCAUUGUGAUACAAUUUAUGUCUGUAUAUAUCUUAACCAGUGCCAUAGUGACCAGCAUCAUCUGUCUUGUGUGAUUCUGUAUGUCUUAUUUAAUUCAUUAACCUACAUAUACUAAAUAAUUCUAUAAAACUAAUGAAGAUGAGAAAAAGUUAGAAAUAAUAUAGUUAAAAUAACUAAUUAUAAAAACAUUCAUUGGGAGAAUUUUAGGUCUUAAGUAAAUGAGUGUCACUGAUUUAUAUUUACGUCAAAUUGAAGGUACUUAUCUUAAAAGUGGUCAGUUAUCUGAUGAAAACAACUUUCUACCUUCUCAUAACUUUACAAUGCCUACAUACGCAGCAUGGACGCACUUAGCAUUUUACUGUUCUUCCUAAAUAUUUUAUAUAUGCUUACAUGCAUCACCUAAAAUACUAAUUCACAUUUUAGGAAGUGAUUAUGCCAUGCACUUUUUUAAGACAAAUGUUAGCCAAGUAAAUCAAAUGUUUAUAUAAUUAAUAUAUUUAUUUGUAUAAAUGUACUUAACUUGUGAUUUUAGCUUGUAAUAUAAUUCCUAAUCAAAUAAAUUUAUUGUAAGCAACAGUUCUUUUUAUAUUGUAUAAACUUAUUAAAAUACAUACUAUACUUAUAGACUGUAAAUAAAACCA